AUGAAGAUAGGAGAAAAGAGAAAGAAGUCAAAAUAUAACAAGCAAUUAAAGAAAAGGAAGAGAGACAUACAACAGAUUAACAUUACCUACAAACCAUUGUUCCCAAUCAGUGUAUGUUCUUUCCUUGAUCAAUGUAAGAGUAUUGUACAAAUACCGUUCCAAAAGGCUGCAUGGGAGAAUCUGUUAACAUUCUUCAAGUCUCUGUGCUAUGGUUAUGGAUUCCAAGAUGAUGAUCUCCCCUCUGAACAACAACAUACCAUUCAUUUGCCAACACAAACACCAUCAAUUAUUAUACACAAUCAUGAUGUGACUGCAAUCAGAAGACUAGAGACCAAGAUUGGCCAAUUGGAAAAGGAGUUGCUUCGCAUCAAGACUGAACAGAACCAAUUGUAUAGGAACAACUUGGUUCAGUACAAUGAGUUAUUGAAACAGGUGAUCAAAGCAUCGCAAAUCGUACAGGAUCAUGUCCAAGGAUCGACUGUUCAAGCGCCAGCCCCUCCUCCCCCACCACCACCUCCUCCUCCCCCUCCUCCACUAACAAAGGUAGCUCCCCAAGUGGUAUCACCUUCCUCCUCUCUUUUGGUAUCAAAGAAGAAGUCCACUGUUGGUGCAGCACAGUUGCAGGUGUCAGUGGCUGACAUUACCGGAGUAAAGCUUCGCAAGACCAACUCUACCUUGUUGAGAUCCACAGAUAUCAAGUCACCGAGCAAACAAGGAAUGACUCCAAAGAAGCACUCUCCUGCAAAGAAAUCAACUCCACUCAAGGACAUUACAAACAGUAGCAACAACAUAACACCCAAAAGCCGCUCAAAGUUAUCAACUAUGUGCAAGUCACCAUUAACUCCAGCAUCUCCUCUAACAAUCUCGACUCUUAGAUAA